AUGGGCGCAUCCAUGUCAUGGCUGUCUAGCCUACUGUGGGCUAAGAAGGAGAUUCGCAUCCUUAUCCUCGGACUUGACAAUGCUGGCAAGACGACGCUUCUCUACAGACUCAAGGUCAGUAGUAGCCAGCUGGCCCCCUUCCUCGCAUUCACCGUACAUAGGACUAACUUGACGACUCAGGUUGGCGAAGUCGUCACCACGAUACCUACCAUUGGUUUCAACGUCGAGUCAGUCACAUACAAGAACCUACAUUUCAACGUCUGGGAUCUAGGUGGUCAGACCAGCAUCCGCCCCUACUGGCGGUGCUACUACGCCAACACGGCCGCCGUCAUCUUCGUCGUCGACUCUACCGACAUCGAGCGUCUGCAGACGGCCUCGGACGAGCUAGCCGCCAUGCUCAACGAAGAGGAGCUCAAGGAUGCCUCGCUUCUCGUCUUUGCCAACAAGCAGGAUCAGCCCGGCGCUAAGGGCGCAGGCGAGAUCUCUGAGGCCCUCCGCCUGGGGGAGCUGCGCGACCGGAACUGGAGCAUCAUGGCUUGUUCGGCAGUUGACGGCAGCGGUGUCAACGAGGGAAUGGACUGGCUUGUGGUAUGUUGGCCCCCCCCCCCCCCUCUUUCUACUUCUACUCUGCCGAGUCCCCCUCACCCGUAUACUAACUUGGCUCUUCCCACCCCCUUUUCUUAG